GAUUUGAAGUGUCAGGUCUGGGUAGGGUUGGCGUGGCUUUAAGAAAUGCCACGGGCCGGUGUAAUAUUAAUAUGCAGAUAGUUUGGUUCGGAUUUAGACUUGAAGCGGGUUGAGAGAGGUUGCUUUGAGCCUGGUGCAAUGUGAGACUGAUACCCACUGCUGUACAGGGUGUGGCUGGACGUGGGGGAGUUGAGAGAUCCUGAGGCACUUCACUCAAGUCAACGUUAUCGCAAAUGUACUUUUCCUCACUGUAACCAGUGCAGUGAAGUCCUGAGGUCCUUGACUUCUUUCCCACCCCUCCUCCCCCUCCCCACCCUCACCACAAACUCCGAAUUAUGGCCGAAAUUCAACCGAACCAAACCGAGAAGGUUAAAGGCAUUACCAAGGAAAUCGAUCUGGUCAACCGUGACCCCAAUCGCAUCAAUGAGGACGUUAUAAAGGUCGACUUUGAGGAUGUGAUCGCGGAGCCCGAAGGGACCUACAGCUUGGACGGGGUGUGGAAAGUCAGCUUCACUACCUUCACCGUGACCAAGUACUGGUGUUACCGCAUCCUGUCGGCCAUCUUCAGCAUCCCUCUGUCCCUCCUCUGGGGUUUCUACUUUGCCUGUCUCUCCUUCUGUCACAUCUGGGCUGUGGUUCCCUGCAUCAAGAGCUACUUGAUAGAAAUCCAAUGCAUCAGCCGAAUCUUCUCUCUCUGCAUCCACACCUUCUGCGACCCCUUCUUCGAAGCCCUGGGCAAAAUAUUCAGCAGCGUCCGAAUCUCCUUACACAAGGAAGUUUAAGAUAGUAACCACCGAGUGCAUUGUCUGGGCAUCCAAUGCACCUUUUUUUUUAUUAAACGACAGUCUGCUUAGAUUUGUUGUAUUUUAAUUUAGAACUUUUAUGCUUAAAACCAGAUUACAGUUGGCUUCUAUAGCAUUAAUAUUGCUGCAUCUCACUCACUCACUCAUGUUUGUUUUUUCACUGUGACAUUCACUGUAAUAAUUCCUGAACAAACACUGCCUCAAACACAA